GCCGCAUCGCCGGUCGCGGCAGGCCGGCCCGCGCACGCCCCCGGGUGCGCGACGCUGCGGGGGCCGUGCGAUGACCUGUCCGGGUCCGACGUGGGCGAGCUUGCCGGGCGGUUGCCCACCUCCCGACGCGACACCUAUCCCCACCCUGCCGCCCUUGGCCCCGACACCCCUCGGCGUCACCCUCGUGCCCUCCCGCUCCGCCCACCUAUAUAAACCCGCCUCCUCCCGUCCCACCUCCUCCACACCAAUCCCACAACUACUACACAACAAGGCAGGCAGGCAUUGUUCCACUGCAUUGCCACCGUUUCUGUUCCAUCGCUGACCACCAGCUCAUCCUCUGCUCCAGCAACAAAUUCGAUCGUUCGGACCUGACCAUUUUGGAUGGCAGUGAUGACGGACAUGCCAGCGGCGACGGCGCUGCGUGCGCCGGCGCCGGCUGCCGCGGCGGCGGGGAGCGAGAGGGAUGCCGAGAAACUGAGGUUCAUCGAGGAGAUGACCUCCGACGUCGAUGCCGUGCAGGAGCGCGUCCUGGUCGAGAUCCUCGCCAGGAACGCCGAGACCGAGUACCUUACGCGCUGCGGCCUCGCUGGGGCCACCGACCGCGCCGCCUUCCGGGCCAAGGUGUCUGUUGUCACCUACGAGGACCUGCAGCCUGACAUCCAGCGUAUCGCCAACGGCGACCGCUCGCCCAUCCUCUCCGCCCACCCCAUCUCCGAGUUCCUCACCAGCUCGGGGACUUCGGCCGGCGAGCGCAAGCUGAUGCCAACCAUCAAGGAAGAGCUCGACCGGCGGCAGCUGCUCUACAGCCUCCUCAUGCCGGUCAUGAACCUGUACGUGCCGGGGCUGGACAAGGGCAAGGCGCUCUACUUCCUCUUCGUCAAGUCAGAGACCACGACGCCCGGCGGCCUCACGGCGCGGCCCGUGCUCACUAGCUACUACAAGAGCGAGUACUUCAAGAACCGCCCGUACGACCCGUACCACGACUACACGAGCCCCACGGCGGCCAUCCUCUGCGCCGACGCGUUCCAGAGCAUGUACGCGCAGAUGGUGUGCGGCCUACGCCAGCGCCACGACGUGCUCCGCGUCGGCGCCGUCUUCGCCUCCGGCCUCCUCCGCGCCAUCCGGUUUCUCCAGCUCAACUGGGAGCAGCUCGCCGACGACAUCGAAGCGGGCUUGCUCACCCCGCGCAUCACCGACCCGUCCGUCCGCGAUGCCGUCGCGGCCAUCCUCCGGGCGGACCCGGAGCUCGCCCGCUUCCUCCGCGCCGAGUGCUCCCGCGGCGACUGGGCGGGCAUCAUAACCCGCGUCUGGCCCAACACAAAGUACCUGGACGUGAUCGUCACCGGCGCGAUGCAGCAGUACAUCCCCACCCUGGAGUACUACAGCGGUGACCUGCCCAUGGCGUGCACCAUGUACGCCUCGUCGGAGUGCUACUUCGGCCUGAACCUCCGCCCGAUGUGCCACCCGUCGGAGGUCUCGUACACAAUCAUGCCCAACAUGGGAUACUUCGAGUUCCUCCCCGUGGACGAGGCGAGCGGCGUGGCGUCGGGGGACGCGGCGCAGCUGGUGGACUUGGCCCGCGUGGAGGCUGGGCGCGAGUACGAGCUGGUGAUCACGACGUACGCCGGGCUGUACCGGUACCGCGUGGGCGACAUCCUGCGCGUGACGGGGUUCCACAACGCGGCGCCGCAGUUCCGGUUCGUGCGGCGCAAGAACGUGCUGCUGUCCAUCGAGUCGGACAAGACCGACGAAGCGGAGCUGCAGCACGCCGUGGAGCGCGCGUCGGCGCUGCUCCGGCCGCACGGCGCGGCGGUGGUGGAGUACACGAGCCACGCGUGCACUAAGAGCAUCCCGGGGCACUACGUCGUCUACUGGGAGCUGUUGACCAAAGGGCCCCAGACCCAGACCGGCGCCGCGGCCGUGGAGGGCGACGUGCUGGACCGCUGCUGCCUGGAGAUGGAGGAGGCCCUGAACUCGGUGUACCGGCAGAGCCGGGUGGCGGACAGCUCGAUCGGGCCGCUUGAGAUCCGGGUGGUCCGGUCUGGCACGUUCGAGGAGCUGAUGGACUACGCCAUCUCCCGCGGCGCCUCCAUCAACCAGUACAAGGUGCCCCGCUGCGUGUCCUCCCCGCCCAUCGUGGAGCUGCUGGACUCCCGUGUGGUAUCGCAACACUUCAGCCCCUCGCCGCCGCACUGGACGCCGGCACGCCGGUCCGACUAGACCGCGGGGACCAGAACACGCAAGUGCUAAGCUUAGACCGGACCGUGGACCGCGGUGCAGCGUCACGUUCAUCCUAGUAGAAUACACGCACUUUAUCGUAGUACUAGUAUUUAGUGUUUCCUUUUGCAAUUUUCGGUCGUGUCAGGUCAGGCCAGGUAUUGCUCGUCUUAAUUAGACCAGUCGUUUUUUAGUUAGAGGAGUGUUGUGUACGUGCUAUGUAAUGUGGGUGUUGUUAAUUAGUGUUUAGCGAGUGAUAUUGUUACUGCUUA